AAGCCAAAAUGGAGAAGAGCAACUCGCUGCGCGUGCAGAUACUCGUAUAUCGCCUGGUGGGCAUCGAUCUGUGGAGCCCAACGUCGGCCAACGAUCGUCACCUAGUGACAUUUUUGACUAUGGGUCCAUUGUUCGCCUUCAUGCUGCCCAUGUACCUGUCCGCCAGGGAGAACAUUACAGAGGUGAGUCUGCUCUCCGACACGCUCGGCUCCACCUUUGCCAGCAUGCUGACCCUGGUCAAGUAUAUGCUAUUCGUCUACCACCGCAAGGAGUUUGUGGGCAUGAUCUAUCGCAUCAGGGGAAUCCUGGACAAAGAGAUCAACGGGUUGCUGAAGGCCAGGGAGAUUGUUGACGCAGAGAAUCAAAGCGAUCAAAUGCUGAGCCUCACCUACACCCGCUGCUUCGUCAUGGCGGGCAUUUUUGCGGCUAUUAAGCCAUUCGUUACCAUGUCCUUGGCCCUGCUGCGGGACGGGGGCGAUGGCAGCAAGCUCCACCUGGAGCUGCCCCACAUGGGUGUCUAUCCGUACGACUACCAGGUGAUGUGGCUCUUCGUGCCUACCUACCUGUGGAACGUGAUGGCCAGCUACAGUGCCGUGACCAUGGCUCUCUGCGUGGACACAUUGCUCUGUUUUUUCACGUACAAUGUGUGCGCCAUCUUCAAGAUAGCCAGGCACCGGUUGGUCCAUCUGCCGGCCAUGGGUGAGUCGGAUCCACGGGCGGAGCUUGAGGGGUUGGUUCAGGUGCUUCUGCUGCACCAGAAGGGCCUGCUGAUAGCGGAUUUCAUUGAGGAUCAUUACCGGCCGUUGAUCUUUCUGCAGUUCUUCCUGUCGGCGCUGCAGAUCUGCUUCAUCGGCUUCCAGGUGGCCGAUCUGUUCCCCAAGCCGCAAAGUCUCUACUUUAUCGCUUUCGUUGGCUCCCUGCUCAUCGCCCUGUUCAUCUAUUCGCACUGCGGCGAGAACAUCAAGAAGGCCAGCCUGGAUUUUGGCGACGGCAUCUACGAGAGUAACUGGACAGACUUUGCGCCCCCCACCAAGCGGGUCCUGCUCAUUGCGGGCAUGCGUGCCCAGCGUCCAUGCCAGAUGAAGGGAUACUUCUUUGAGGCCAGCAUGGCCACCUUCUCAGCGAUUGUCCGCUCUGCCAUGUCGUACAUCAUGAUGUUGCGAUCAUUCAACGUAUAAAUUGCAGGAGCAGGA